GGAAGAUGGCGCCGUGAGCGGGUCGGAGCCGCCGCCGCCCCCGGCCGCUCGAGGGACAGCCCAGCAUGGCUGCCACUGCUGCUGUCAGCCCCAGCGAGUACCUGCAGCCCGCCAGCGCCAACGCCCAGGACUCGCAGCCGUCGCCGCUGGCGCUGCUGGCGGCCACAUGCAGCAAGAUCGGUCCCCCCGCCGUGGAGGCGGCCGCGGCGCCGCCGGCGCCCCCGCAGCCCGCGCCCCGCAAGCUGGUGCCCAUCAAGCCCGCCCCGCUGCCCCUGGGCGCCGCCAAGGGCGGCAUCGGCAUCCUGUCCUCCAAGGGGAGCCUCCUCCAGAUCCAGGGCUCCCAGCUGGGCGCCUCCUACCCCGGCGGGCAGCUGGUGCUGGCCAUCCAGAACGCGGCCGUGCUGGGCAAAGCCUCGCGCUCCUCCUCCUCCUCCUCCUCCUCCUCGUCCUCCUCCUCCAGCAUCCAGUACCAGGCGGUGCCGCAGCUGCAGCCCAGCGGCGCUCAGACCAUCCAGGUGCAGCCUAACCAGAUCCAGAUCAUCCCGGGCACCAGCCAGGCCAUCCUCACGCCCUCCUCCUCCUCCUCCUCCUCCUCCUCCUCCUCGCACAAGCCCGUGCCCAUCAAGCCGGCCCCGGCGCAGAAGGCGGCGGCAGCGGGCGGCGUGGUCAAGCUGCCCGCGGGUGCCAACGUCACCCUGAGCCUGCCCCCGGCCCUGGUGGGCGCCGAGGCGGGCGGGCAGCCCCAGCUGCUCACGGACAGCCCCUCCAAGGGCGGCAAAAAGCCGCGGAAGAAGGCGCCGUCCCCGGGGCAGCCCGCGGCCGUGGCCGUGGCCGAGCAGGUGGAGACGGUGCUGAUCGAGACCACGGCCGAGAACAUCAUCCAGGCGGGCAGCAACCUGCUGAUCGUGCAGAGCCCGGGCGCGGGGCAGCCCGCCGUGCUGCAGCAGCUGCAGGUGGUGCAGCCCAAGCAGGAGCCGCAGGUGGUGCAGAUCCCGCAGCAGGCGCUGCGCGUGGUGCAGGCGGCCUCGGCCACGCUGCCCACCGUGCCCCAGAAGCCGUCCCAGAACUUCCAGAUCCAGGCGGCCGAGCCCACCCCCACACAGGUUUACUUCAAGACCCCCUCUGGGGAGCUGCAGUCGGUGCUGCUGCAGGAGGCCUCGUCCAUCCCGGUGCCGCCGGGCGGUUCGUGCGGCAGCCCCGGCCCCGGUUCCGGCACCGGCAGCGCCCGCAGGCCGGCCCCGCGCAAGGAGCGGCCGCUGCCCAAGAUCGCCCCGGCCGGGGGCAUCCUGAGCCUGAGCGCGGCACAGCUGGCAGCAGCUGCACAGGCCAUGCAGACCAUCAACAUCAACGGCGUGCAGGUGCAGGGCGUGCCCGUCACCAUCACCAACAGCGCAGGCCAGCAGCAGCUGACGGUGCAGAACGUGUCGGGCAGCAACGUGACCAUCAGCGGGCUGAGCCCCACGCAGAUCCAGCUGCAGAUGGAGCAGGCGCUGUCCGGGGACGUGCAGCCCGGAGAGAAGAGGAGGAGGAUGGCCUGCACCUGCCCCAACUGCAAGGACGGAGACAAACGGCCGGGCGACGGCGGCAAGAAGAAGCACAUCUGCCACAUCCCCGAGUGCGGGCGCACCUUCCGCAAGACGUCGCUGCUGCGGGCGCACGUGCGGCUGCACACGGGCGAGCGGCCCUUCGUGUGCAACUGGGUGUUCUGCGGCAAGCGCUUCACGCGCUCCGACGAGCUGCAGCGGCACGCGCGCACCCACACAGGUGACAAACGCUUCGAGUGCGCGCAGUGCCAGAAACGCUUCAUGCGCUCCGACCACCUGACCAAGCACUACAAGACACACCUGGUCACUAAGAACCUGUAGGGCACGGGGGGCACCCCCUGCGCCCCCAGACCCACGGCCCCGCAGCCCGGGGCCACCUGCAGCACUCCAGGCAGGGACCCUGGGCACGUCCCUGCCCGACCGACCGCGCCGAGCACCCCCAAAACGGGGCUGGGGGCGUCCCCAGGGGCCCGCGGGCUCAGGGGGUGCCCCUACGGCCCAGGAAGGUUUAGGGGUCACCCGGAGCCCCCCCUGUGAACCCCACAGGUUUAGGGGGUGACCCAGACCCUCCCCUGUGACCCAGAGCCCUCCUGUGCCCCCACAGGCUGAUGGGGUCCCCCAGACCCUUGGUGUGACCCCCCAUUUUCCCCCGUUUUCCCCCCCCAGGUGUGGGGCAGGAGCCCCGGAGCGGCUCCAGAGCACAUUCCUACUUUAUAUUUAAAGUCUAUAAAUAGCUAUAAAUAUCUAUAUCCCC